AUGGCUUCUUUACAGCGGGUAGCUGUUUGUCUGUUCUUCGCUCUUUUACCGGUUGUUGUUACUCGUGCCUCCUCAAUCGAGCCUGCCGCAACUUCCGUUCCGACGACAAUCGCAGCAGGAGCGCCACUACAAGAAGCGGAGACUCUGCAGUUGACGGAUGCAGUGGUCGAGCGGUUAGCAGCAGAUGCAGCUACAUCCGAGUACGCCGAAUACUUUGCAUUCGACGACAGCGAUGUUGCUAGCAAAGCGCGGAUGCGACGCGCUGCUUCUGCACCAUGCAAAACAUACCCUGGAGACUCAGCAUGGCCUAAGGAUGCGAUAUGGAGGGUUUUCGACGCCCUCUUGGGUGGAGCUCUGAUCCCGACGAAACCUGUUGGAGCCCCGUGCUACGACACAAAAUGGGGCAAGAAGGAUAGUGUAAAGUGUGCGGACAUCGUUAGUAACUUCACAAGUCCUUGGUUCCACGAAGACGAUCCGACCUCCAACAUGUGGCCUAUUUACCAAGGCAGGACUUGUAUGCCGAAAAACGACACCACCGGUCUGACUUGCACGAUGGGCGCAUAUCCCGAGUACGCAGUCAAAGUGACGAGCGUGGCACAAAUCCAACUUGCUAUCAACUUUGUGCGAGCUACCAACAUCCGUCUCGUUAUCAAGAAUACUGGCCAUUGCUAUCUUGGAAAGUCAACUGGUAGUGGAGCAUUGAGCUUGUGGAUGCACAACAUGGAGCAGAUAGACUUCCUUCCCAAUUACGAAGGCCCUGGCUACUCUGGACCAGCGUUGAAGGUCGCCGCAGGUGUCAGAACGAGGCAGGUGUAUGAGGCAGCAGACAAGAACGGUGUCACCGUCUUGGGCGCUAUCGCUUCUAGUGUGGGAUGGGCUGGAGGCAUGAUUACCGGCGGAGGCCAGAACCCACUAGCCGGUGUAUAUGGAAUGUCAGCAGAUCACGUUGUGGCAUUCCAAGUUGUAAAUGCCGACGGUCGUUUCAUAACGGUCUCAGAAGAUUCGAAUGCUGACCUGUUCUGGGCGCUGCGAGGUGGCGGUGGCGGAACCUUUGCUGUCAUCACGUCCGUUAUUGUCCGAGCGCAUCCUAAGAUCAACGCCGUCACUUCGAGUUGGACCCUCGAUGCUUCCAAGAACAGUGCUGAGGCUUUCUGGGUCGGUACUAGGAAGUUCUACGACCUUUUUCUUGAAUGGGCAGAUGCGGGAAUCUACACCUUCUACUUCAUGGGAAACAACCCCGCCUUAUAUCUUCAACUCGGAUUCAUAUUCGCCGCAAACCACACCAUGGAAUCCUACACUGAUCUUGUCAAGCCAUUCUUCGACUAUCUCGAUGCGAACAAUAUCACACUUACGAAGCCCGAUGCGCCCAUCGCACAUACGUCGUUCUACUCGGCCUACCAGGCAACGUGGGGAAAGAUGAGUUUCGGUGUUGGUUCUGAUGGAUCAGUACCGGCGAACCGCAUUGUUCCACGUCGUAACUUCAAAGAGAAGUACGAAGAGACCUUUGCACUCAUCAAAGAGCACGUGUUAGCCGGUAAACACUUCCUCGGAUACCAUAAAGCGCCCAAGAAGUAUGCGAACACGAACAACGCCGUCAAUCCAGCUUGGCGUGAAUGUGCCAUGUUCUUUGUAACCUCAUCUAAUAGGUCGGCGGAUCAUUCUACACCAGAGGCCCUUGCUAAGGCCGAUAAGGAUUUCCAGGAGAACAUCUUGCAGCCAUGGCGCGAUAUAGCACCCGUUUCUGAGGGAGGUGGUAGCUAUUUGAACGAGGCUAGUGUCAUGGAAGCUGAAUGGCAAGAGUCUUUUUACGGAGGGUAUUACCCGAAGUUGAGCGAGAUCAAGCGUAAGUGGGACCCAAAUGAUCUAUUCUACGCAACAACUGCUGUAGGAAGCGAGAGAUGGGUCGUUCAGGAUGGUGAGCAGGGUAUACAGACUCAGAACGGAAGGUUGUGCAGAGUUUAA